UUCAUUUACGCUUUAAUUUUAAUUUCAAAUACCCCUACGUUUCAAAAAAGUAAUUGUAAACGUUAUUAAUUCCAUGUAUGGUGUUAUUGAAUAAUUUUUUAUUAGAUUAGAACUCGCUCUAAAUCCGUCUCUUUUGAAAGAUGGGGCGGUGUAGGGUGGAGAUGAAGCGGAUUGAAAAUAAAAUAAGCAGACAAGUUACAUUCUCAAAGAGACGAUCCGGUUUGUUGAAGAAAACCAACGAGAUCUCUGUGCUAUGUGAUGCUGAGGUGGCAUUAAUUGUUUUCUCUUCAAAUGGAAAACUAUUUGAGUACUCUACUCAAUCAAGCAUGGAAAAUAUAUUGGAAAGAUAUGAAAAUUACUCAUAUGAGGAGAUGAACUUGAAUACAACUUAUAAGGAAAAUUGGACUCUUGAGUACCCAAAGCUCAUGGCAAGAGUUGAACUUCUGCAAAGAAAUAUAAGGCAUUUUAUGGGCGAAGAUCUGGACGCCUUUAAUCUGCGUGAAUUUCAGGGUUUAGAGCAACAGCUCGAUACAGCUCUAAAGCGAGUGCGAUCUAAGAAGAACCAACUGAUGCAUGAGUCCAUUUCCCAGCUGCAGAAAAAGGAAAAAGAACUGCAACAGCGAAACAUCUUAAUUUCUAAGAAGCUUAAAGAAAAUGAGAAGAAGCAAAUUGUGCAAACAAAUCCAGGCCAAAGCUCUACUAUGACUUUCUUGCUACAAUCUCCCACAGUCACUAACCAAACAAUUGGCGGUCCUUCUCAAGCAACGGAUCAAAGUCAAAAUCGCGAUGGUUACAAUACCUUGAUGCCUCCAUGGAUGUUCCACCAUGUCCACAACAAAGGAUGAGAUAUACAUAUAAAAUCACAAUUGUAUGUCUAUAAUUUGUUGUACCAAUUAAUUAGUUGUAAUCAAAUCUGUAUUUAAUCAACCUUUGUCUACUUGUUUUGCUAAAUAUGGAGCAGAUGAUGAGCUAACAAAUUAAA